AUGGAAGCCGAAUGGCUGCUCCUGGCGCUCCGCGGAGCUUUGAAGCUGUGGCUGUGUGAGCUGUGGCUGCUCCUGCUGGGUUCUGGCGUGAACGCGCACUUCUUGCCACAUGAAGAGGACGUUGACUUUAUCAAUGAGUACGUGGGACUCCAUAAUGAACUCCGGGGAGAUGUCUAUCCCGGAGGGUCCAACCUGCGCUUCAUGACCUGGGAUGUAGCUUUAUCACGAACUGCUAGAGCCUGGGGGAAAAAAUGUGUGUUUAAACGAAAUACUCAUUUAGAAGACAUACAAAUGUCCCACCCUGUAUUUAACGGUAUUGGUGAAAAUAUGUGGGUUGGCCCUGAAAAUGAGUUUACUGCAAGUAUUGCCAUCAGAAGUUGGUUUGAAGAGAGGAAAAUUUAUAAUUUUGAAAAUGACAAUUGCUCUGGUAACUGUUCUCAUUACGUUCAGCUUGUUUGGGACAAGUCUUACAAAGUUGGUUGUGCUGUUACCCCAUGUCCAAGAAUUGGAAAUAUUGUGCAUGCAGCACUUUUCAUAUGCAAUUAUGCACCAGGAGGAACUCUAACCAGAAGGCCUUAUCAAGAAGGAGUAUUUUGUACUCGAUGUGGCAUUCGUGACAAAUGCACAGACCGUCUCUGCAGUAACGCCGAUCGUGACCAAGCCACAUAUUACCAAUUUUGGUAUCCAAGUUGGGAAGAUCCCCGGCCAGUUGUGUGUAAUCCAGUGUGUGUGUUUAUUUUAUUACUGAGAAUAGUGUGUUUUCUGCUAAGUGUCUUAAUUGUUACCAUAGUACAGCCUCAGUUUCCAAAUAUCUUGUUGGAAAGACAGAUGGUAUUUACCCCUGAAGGCUCUGAAAGAAGGAAAAAGACCCUACAAACACAGACAAAAGAAGUGGAGAAAGAAGGGGAACAGGAAAUUGGUGAAGAACAAGAGGAAGGAAAAUCGUCAGAGGAAGAGGAAGAGGAAGAAAAGGAGGAAGAUGUAUCAGAAACUUAA